AUGCGCAACUCUCCUCCGUCGAAAAGCAGUUCAAAUGUUUCCAUCCGAGUAGGUGCUUCUGAACUUCCAACGAAACGCAAAAGCACAACUAUUGUCGGCACAGUGCUUGGUAUUGUUAGUGCUCUCGCCGUUGCUUUGGGUAUCUUUUCAGUUUUCAUCUGGCGAAGGCGUCAGACGGAUAGGUACGCAGAUUCCUCGGACUCUUUUCUUAGAAUGUUUAGUUACAAGGAAUUGAAGAUUGCAACCAGGAAUUUCAAGUCUCAGUUGGGGAGAGGAGGAUUCGGUUCAGUGUUCAAAGGAUCUCUACCAGACGGUACAAUUGUGGCCGUAAAAAGAAUGGAGUGUUCACGACAAGAUGAGAAGCAAUUCCGAGCGGAAAUUAGUUCUCUUGGGAACAUACAUCAUAUGAAUUUGGUAAGGCUUCGGGGAUUUUGUGCACAAGGAUCGAGACGGCUGUUGGUUCAUGAUUACAUGCCCAACGGUUCUCUAAAUUCUUUUCUGUUCACAAGUCAGUCUAAAAGUAAACGGAGGCCCGAAAACAUUCUGCUGGACAGUAAUUUGUCACCCAAGUUAGCGGAUUUCGGGCUGGCAAGGCUUGUGGGUAGAGAUUUUAGCCGUGUGCUGACCACUACAAGAGGAACGAGAGGGUAUUUGGCUCCAGAGUGGAUCUUUGGUCUUCCCAUCUCUACCAAGGUUGAUGUCUACAGUUUUGGUAUGACGCUUUUGGAAAUUAUUUCGGGGGGAAGAAAUAUAGACUUAAACAUGCAAGAUUCAAGUUUGAUUUACUUUCCCGCAUGGGCUGUAACACAAAUUCAGCAGGGGAAGACAAUUAAUGUUGUGGAGAAGGAUGUUGUAGAGGCGGCAGACAUGGAAGAGGUGAGAAGAGCAUGUGUUAUAGUGUUGUUAUGCAUUCAAGAGGACGACGAAGUAAGGCCAAGCAUGAGGCAAGUGGUGCAGAUGCUAGAAGGGAAGAUGGAGCCUCAACCUCCGCAGAUUCCAAGCUAUGCGUUUAUGGACAAGCAUGUAGACCAAAGCGACAUUGACAGCUAUGGAAGUUACAGUCACUCG